GAAGGCUUGGCCACUCAGCUGCAGUCAUCAAACAGUGUUUUCUAGCAGCAAAGUUAAUAAGUUCAUUUUAAUAUCCUCAAACGGAAGUCUAAAAAAUACAACAUGGGUUGCAAGGCUUGUGGAACAAACUGCCAGUGCUCGGCCACAAAAUGCGGCGAUAACUGCGCCUGCAGUCAACAGUGCCAGUGCUCCUGCAAGAACGGACCCAAGGACAAGUGCUGCUCCACCAAGAACUAGAUGCAUAUGCCCUUUAUCAAGCUCAUCUGGCUUCGUGUGAUACCUUAACCUUUGGCAUGAAAUCGAAAUAAAUACACAAUCAACUCAUUCAA